AUGGAGACGGGAGGUCCCUAUCUGAACACCUCGGCCCUGCUGUCCCCGCUGGGGGCGCUCCGCUGCCUGCAGACCGUCUUUGGAUGUAUCACCUUGAGCCUGGUCGCCCACGACGGAGGCUUCGGCGCCGCUUACGGCCACUUCUGCAUGUUCGCCUGGUGCUUCUGCCUGGCCCUGAGCGCCCUGAUCCUUUCCUUCGAGUUCACCCGGCUCCACAGCUGCCUGACCAUCUCCUGGGACAACUUCACCAUCUCCUUCGCCAUGUUGGCCACCCUCAUGUACGUGACGGCCACGGUCAUCUACCCCAUCUACUUCGUGGAGCUGGACUGCCAGGACUGUCAGUCCCGGAACUUCAGGAUUUCAGCCACCGCCUCCUCGGCUGUCGCCUGCAUCGCCUAUGCGGUGGAGAUCCACCUGACCCGGGCCAAACCCGGUCACAUCGGUGCCUACAUGGCCACCACCUCUGGGCUCCUCAAGGUGGUCCAGGCUUACGUAGCCUGCAUCAUCUUCGGAGCCCUGCUGAAUGGCAGCCAGUACAGUCGCUACACAGCCACCCAGUGGUGUGUGGUGGUCUACUCCAUCUGCUUCAUCCUCACCGCCCUGGUCAUUGCCCUCAAUGUCUCCGGGAGAACUGGCAUGCUGAGGUGCCCCUUCGACAGGGUGGUGGUCCUCUACACCUUCCUGGCCACCCUGCUGUACCUGAGCGCCGCGGUCAUCUGGCCCAUCUUCUGCUUUGACAACAAGUAUGGCUCAAUGGACAGGCCACCCAGUUGCUCAAUGGGGGACUGCCCCUGGGAUAGCCAGCUGAUCAUCGCCAUCUUCACCUACAUCAACCUCAUUCUGUACAUUGUCGACCUGAUCUACUCGCAGAAGAUUCGUUACAUUGCAGAGCCUUGAAGAAACAAGACCUUUAUUAUUAUUAUUAUUACAAUUAUUGAUUUGUGACAGUAUGCAAAAAGAAGGGCCUACAAAUGCCUGAAGGAAGACUGCACCUCAUCUCGCCUGGAAUGUUGGCUCAUUGUUAAAGUUCACAUACAAUCGGUCCCUUUUAGUUGAUAACUUGCAAGCAUUCUUAAACUGUCUUCGCAGGGAAUACCAGGGGUAUGUGUGUGUGUGUGCUGGACAGUGGGUUCAAUGUUAUUAUAGAAAGUGACAUAGUUGUUACAGCACCUGGGCACUUGUAUUUAUUAUAUUGGUGGGGGGAGGGUUAUUAUUUUUAUUUGGCUUCUGUGAGGGACAGGGCGGAAAAGCAAAAUCUAAUCUAAGGUUUUCUAUUGGACGCAAAUGUGAUGACAGGGAAAUGAGUGGUAGGUGGUACUGAAGUAAAGGGAAAGGAGAGAGUAUGUUCUACCUACUGUACGGUAGUGCCAGCUAAUUUAAAAUUCAAAGGUUUGUCAUAUCUUUGUUUGUAGUGCAAAAUCGGCCUAGAAAUAUUAGCACAGAAAUUUAAACCCUGAUGCUCUGUUUGUCUGAACAUUACAGCUCACUAUUUUGGAGGUUAACAUACUUGCCUUAAAGUGGUUUAAGUUUUAGUUGCUGUGAUCUUUGUGUAUGGCAUUGCCAGGUAAUUAAAGCACAGAAACAGGUCAUUUGACCUAUCAGGUCCUUGCUAGUGUUUAUCUUCCAUAUGGAGCUUCCUCCCAUUUCUCUUCAUAGACCCACAACUGUUUCUUUCUCUCUUGUGUGUUUAUCCAGCUUCCCUUUAAAUGCACCUAUUUUAUUCAUCUCAACCACAUCUAGUGGUAACAUUCUCACCAUUCUCUAGAUAAAGAAGUUUCUCCUGAAUCCUCUAUUCCGUUUAUUAGUAACUGUCUUGUUUUUAAUUCCCCCAGGUUUUGGCCUUAUCGAAUGUUCUACCCUGUCACAGCCAUUCAUAAUCUUGAAGAUCUCUAUCAGGUCAGCCUCAGUCUUCUCUUUUCUACAAAAAAUAGCCCACCUUAUUCAAUCUUUCCUGUUAGGUAUAACAUCUCAGUUCUCUUAUCAUUCUAGUAAUUUUUUGCACCUAUUCCAAUGCCUCUAUAUUUACUUUUUAUAACCUUGGAGACCAGAACUGUUCACAGUACUGCAUGUGUGCUCUAAUCGAGGUUCGAUGCAAUUUUAACUUAACUUCUCUGCUUUUAAAUUCUAUCCAUCUAGAAAUGAACCCAGUGCUUUGUUUGCUUUUUGUGGCCUUAUUAACCUGCAUUGUUACUUUUAAUUGCGGUAACACAUUAAUAGUUGAAUCUAAAAUAACAGCAUUAUUAUGAAGUAAUGUAAUAUUUUGUAGUGCAGAGGGAGGCCAUUUGGCCUAUCAUGCUUCUGCUGCCCCUUUGAAAGUGCCCUCUUCAUCUCAUUCACAUACCUCCCCUGCAACAAAAUGCAGUUCACCUUUAAAGUGAAGCAGCAAAAUGUUCUCAAUUAUGAAAUGUGAUUGACCUUAUCUUUGUCUGACUUGAUCUUUAUUUUUGGGAUGUUACCAAGUCCAUAUUGGACUAACUGUGACAUCAUAGGCAUGUGCCUGGAUACCAGGCAAGGCAUAGGGUUGAUGCAAGCAGGACCUUAUUUGUCACAUAACAGAAGUUUACAUUUUUAAACAAAAAGCCAAAUCACUAGCAGCAACUAACUGUGUACGAAAGUAGCUUGAGUUACCUCAUGAAAUUAAAUCUCGGGCUGUUCUGCUUUACAAGGCUGCUUUGAAUGUAUAUCUCAGGAUUUAAGUCCAAUAUGUAAAUGGUAGAGAUUUUCUUUGGGAGAAAGAUAGAACAUGUGGAUCACUUGGCUGUUGUUUAUAAUAGGUUUGAAUUUCAGCCAGGGGAAGUGAUAAAAGGACGCUCUUUGUAUUAUUUCAGUGGAAUCAGCAAGUUUUACUGAUGCAUUAGGGAGACUGAAGCAGAAAUAUAUAUCCAGCUAGGCCUGAUAACAGCAUCUACUGAAUACUUUCAAAUUCUGGAAAGCUCCCCUGACUCUCAUUUUCUGGGCAGAAUAUGGCUUCUGCGUGUAGAUGCAUGAGUACAUUUUAAAUCUACAUUUGCUCAGAUUUAGUGCCUUGAAACCUGAACUAAGAUCAAAGUGUCAUUAUUAAAUAACAUGUAGCACAGCGUAUAGCAUGAUAACACUGCAAUGAAGUCUCAUUUAAAAGCAAUAGAGUACAAACUGUUUAAUGCCAUUUGGGGGGGUGGAAAACAUAAAGCCUGUAAUUAUAAAUUAACGUCAAUUUAUCCUGGAAUAACAAUAACAUUUGUCAACACUGUAACAAAAAUAAAAGCUGCAUAUUGCCUCAUGUUUCUAUCUUA